CGAGAAUGGCAACCCAGUAGAAACAAACUGAGACUCCAAUUUCAGGGCAGCUUACCGCCAGGGAAUGAAUCACGAACUUUUAUUUCAGUCGUAUAUUCUUCCCCAGCACAAAAUUUUUGAUGUGGCCGAACCUCAUUUCUGCUCACUACAGAAAAAUUAGGCUGGUAAGGAGGUACUUAUCAUGUUCAUCUUUCUGGUACUAGCUCUUUUGAAUUACAACUCCACAUGAGGAGUACUACGCAGCCACAAGCACAACUAGGCAUCGAACCAGCAAAAAUGUUGCCAUCGAGUGUUUCCGUGUGGACAAAAAGGAAACGAACGCGGGAGCAUUCAUCUCCAGCCUUGUUUUCCUACACUGCAGUGCGUCAGCUGCUCCUUCUUGGCGUACAUAGUAGCACGGUGAUGCUGCUCACAGGCGCCGCUGGUGCAAGGCACGAACUUUUCUCGUCCUGGGCCGGCACCUCCGAAGGCGAGUCUUCUGUUCCGACCGACGCAAAUAGCAGAGCGGUAUUUCCAACCGGGAAUAGUAGUAGUGCCUGCUACGUGGGUUUCACGAGUUUAUUCAGCCGGGGAAGUGACUCCUCGUCUCGCGGCGCCAACCGGGAAGAGCAUCUUCCACUCGGUGUUGAGCAGGAGUACUGCAUUCGAGGAGAAGACCUAAAUGCGUCUCAACGCUACCACUAUGCGGGGGAAAAGCUGGAACAGCGCGGUCGGUUCGUUCUAUCCUUCUAGAAAUUCGCGGCUUCAAGCUUCUCCUAGUGGUACAAAAAUCCAAAUAUAAUAUUAUCGAAAAACUACUAUGCCACGCUAGCAUCAACAGACCACACGCCAUCUUGUCUGAAGAGAUAUGAACGAAAUACGAGGUUGCCUUCUUUGUCGUCUCAAUGUGCUGGACGAGGUAGAGUAGAUACGAUUUAUUGCAGCAACAUGAAGAGAAAUGAAAUGGAAAGAUGCCGUGAUAUGAUUCGAGUACAACGCACAGCCAACUAACAUCGAUUUAGCAGUACAGUUAUAUCAUGAUGCAUAGG